GUUCCCUUGUUUGUAAUCAUUCUGAGCUAUUUAGUUCUUCAAGUUCUUUGGGGCUAAGUGACAGGAUUUCUCUAAGUCUUUCAUUUCUGGAAUACUUUGGACGUUCUUAUGUCAGAUGGAACUUUUGCCUUGUUACAGAUAUGAACAAUGACCAUAGUUAACAAGCCAAAAUCUUCAAAGUCUAAAAAAUCUUCCUCAAGACGGUCUGAGAAAUCUAUGAAACCCCGUACUAAAAAAAUGACAUCACGCACUGCAAGUUUGGGCCGGGUACCUCCUACAGAAGAUCCAAACAAAGUCUCUGUGGACAAAGGUCCUGGGGGGCAUAUUUAUUGUAGAUCAUCUCAAAAAUCAAAGCCUUUUGCCCAAAGAGAUCUAGUUGUUAAUGAUGGGAUUGCUCCGCCACAAAGAAUUCUUUUUCCGCCUGAGAAAAUCUGUAUGGAUUGGCAACAAACACAAAGUGUUGGAGUUGGGCUGCAGAACCUCGGCAACACAUGUUUCCUUAAUUCUACUCUCCAGUGUUUGACCUACACGCCUCCUCUUGCCAAUUACAUGCUUUCACUUGAGCACACCAAGUCAUGUCAUGUGGAGGGAUUCUGUAUGAUGUGCACAAUGGAAAGUCACAUCAACCAGGUCCUGUGUUGCUCUAAUAAUGCCAUCAAACCUACAUCUGUUAUCAAUGGCCUUAAAAGAAUAGGAAAACAUUUCCAUUUUGGCAGUCAAGAGGAUGCACAUGAAUUCUUAUGCUUCACUGUUGAUGCUCUACAGAAAGCUUGCUUGAAUGGAAGCACCAAAUUAGACAGAUCUUCUCAAGCCACCACACUUAUUUAUCAGAUAUUUGGAGGAUAUCUAAGAUCUCGAGUAAAGUGCUUGAACUGCAAAGCAGUGUCGGAUACCUACGAGCCAUUUCUCGACGUUACUUUGGAUAUAAAGGCAGUUACAUCUGUCACCAGAGCUCUAGAACAAUUUGUGAAACCGGAACAGCUGGACGGUGAAAACAGCUAUAAGUGUAGCAAGUGUAAAAAGAUGGUUCCAGCGUCAAAGAGAUACACGAUACAUCGCUCUUCCAAUGUUCUCACAAUAUCACUGAAAAGAUUUGCAAAUUUUACAGGUGGAAAGAUCAACAAGGAUGUAAAAUACCCUGAAUAUUUGGAUCUUCGAGCAUAUAUGUCCCAAUCUAUUGGAGAACCCCUCAUCUAUGCUUUAUAUGCAGUUCUUGUACAUAGUGGCUUCAACUGUAAUGCUGGACACUAUCUCUGCUUCAUUAAGGCUGGUAAUGGACUUUGGUACCGAAUGAAUGAUGCCUCAGUAGAGCUUUCUGAUAUCAAAACAGUUCUCAAUCAGCAAGCUUAUGUACUUUUUUAUAUCAGGCGUUACGAUCUGACGCUGGGGGAGAGAGCCUUUUACCUGCCUGCGCCCUCCUACCCCCGCUCCUUCCUCGGCCAGCGCGGGGCCAACAGCAAGCAGGCUGCCUUCAUGGGACCACGGCUUCCUCCUCACAUGAUGAAGAGUUCAAGCCGUUUAAAUGGGAAUGCACCCUUAAAAGAGGAUCCCAGUACUGUUGGUGUUGCCGUAAAAAGGCCAUCUUCAGCUCCACCUACAGCUUGUGUUCAAAACUGGGCCAUUUCCAGGCCUUCAAUGACAGACCCUUCCAAGCCCCAGAAGAUCACCAUCAGUAUUCACAACAAGCUGCCCGCACGGCAGGCACUGCCGCACGAGUGUCCGAGCAGCGCUGUGGAGGAGGAGGAUCUGAAGCCCCUUCCUUCAGCCACAGUUACAAACUCUUCCACAGCAGAGCCUACCUCAAACCUCUCCACGGUGUCAGUUGCUACUAAUGUCUCCAAGCAGGAGGUUCCUGAUGAAAUCUUUGUUGAGCCAGCAGUGAAUGGAAACCCUAAGCUCUGUUCUGAUAGCGUGGUCCCUUACGGUGCAGAACCUUCAGGAAAAUCCGAGGAGUCAAAGGGCUUGUUCAAAAGGAAUUGCAACGUCAUAUCUUCCAAUGGAAUUCUGAUUGGGAAGGUGGUCCGUACAUUGCAUAAUUCCCAUUCAUCCUGUCAGAAUGUUGAAGAAAGAUCCCAGCAUGAGCUGCCAAAACUUGAUUCCUUAAAUGGUGCUAUUAGUUUAGAUAAUGAAUAUAAAGAAAAUGGACUGAAACUUGAUGAUUCCACUUGCCAAGUCCAACCCAUUAAACCUUCUGAGAUUUUCUUCUCUAAAGCAAAUGGAGUGCUUGAAACGAUGCCUAAAGCUUUGUCACCAGAUCCUCAAGGUAUCUUAGAAUCUCUUACAUACAGCCAGUUGAACAGCUUGUCAGAGGAAAAAAGUGUCUCUGGACCUCAGAAAUCUGACAAUGAUGGAGUUAUGGAAACUGUAGUGAUGGAAGCACUGUUUGCCUACGAAGAAUCCAGGAAGGUUCCAUCCAACUUUAGCUGUGAGGUUGAGAAACUUUUUACUCAAUCAGAUUCUGAAACCAUUUUUACCAAAGAAGAAGUUGCUGAAAGUAUUAUAACAAAAGCUGAUAAUGCACAUCUCAAUAUCAAUGGUCAGCACAAGGUUAGGAAAAAAUCUUUGGAUACUGAAAGUGAAUUCCUUGGGCAGUGUGAGUCUGAAGACAUCAGAGAUAAAGACAAACUAAGAAGAUCAAAAGAACCUGAACUCAUUUCAAAAGAAAAUCCUUUGUACAUCAAAGGGUCUCCUGAGAGCAAAGAGAAAUUAGGGCAAACUUCCUCUAUAAAGCCUGACAUUGAAUGUAGUUCUAAAAAACUGGCAUCUCUAGAUAUUACAGAUAAAUGCCAAGAUACAAAGGACAUUUCUAACAACUAUGUAGAGGUACCACCCGUUAACGACUCUUCUAUUACAAAGCUGGAUAAAGUAUUGGAAAGUCAAUUUUCUAGAGCAGAUGAGGGACUGAGUAAUAAAAUAUGUGAAGAUGAUGAUAAACAUAUUAAAAAAAAUAAGAAAAAAAUCCACGACUCUAAAAGAACUGACAAAGAGCACUACCGGAGGAAGAGAGAAAAUUCGGACACUGAGGAGAAGGAGAGGCAAACCAGAAACAAAUCAGACGAUCAUUCCCACAGGAGGAGGAGCUCUCACAGCGUGGAAACAAACAAGCAAAGCCGUCAUAAGCAGGAAUACUGCAGUGAGAGCAAGUACAGAUCCUCCCACAACGAAAGAAACAGCCCCAGUAAUGGCAGGAGCUCAGGAAAAUAUUCUCGUUACAGAUCCCGGAGCAGAGAAAGGACAGAUCCAGACAGGAAUAGGUAUUAUUAUUCCAAAGGAGACAGACCUUGGAUUAGAGAAAGAUACUAUCAAGAUGAACCACGGAGAUGGGAAAAGUGCAGAUACUACAAUGAUUAUUAUUCCUCCCAUGGAACAAGGGAUGGUAGGGAGAGGAAGUCCUCUCAUUGUGAUAAAGACUAUGACAAAUUGAGCCAAGCUUACAGCAGGUCACACAAGGAUUAUCAUUGCAAAAGCAGAUGGGCUCACAGCACACUCUCCCGAGAGGAGGAUGUGCAUCACUUCAGCAGUCACAGAGCAAACUUCCACCAUUGUUCAGUACCUCAGCAGCACUUGGAAAAAUACUCCCGUGAAAGGCAUGGACUUCCACAGGUGUCAGCUCACUCAAAUUAUGAGGACUCUUCCCGGGAAAAUGAAAAACUAAGAAAUGGCAAAAGAAAAUACUCCCACCAAGAAGAAAGUGAAAGUGACAUAGAAAAGAAAUGCCGAAAGACAGAUGACCAAAGAAUCAAAAAGUAUAAGAAGGUCAAGAAGAAAAAGAAGUCCAAAGAUAAACAUCGAGAGAAGGAUUACAAACUUUAUGAUUUGGAUUGCUCUGUGCUCCACUUUGACAAUGACAAUCGCAAACAUAAGAAAAAGAAGAAGAAGAAGCAGCACGACAGGAAACUGAAGGAUUUAUUGGAAUAUUUAGAUCCUCAUUUCCAGAAGAAAACAUGGGAGAAGGAAGAGUCCCGUCCUCCAGAUGACCAUUUAUGUGAGCAAUACAGAAACCAGGGCAGUAAACAACCCUACAAGGAAGAGAAGCCUUCUGGUGCAGGUGACAGCAAGAAAUACAGCUCCAUGGCAUCCACUGAGUAUGUCAGAGGUGAGGAGCUGACUGAAGAAAGCCUUCAAUACUCAGACUGAACCCACCACCAACCCCAAGGACUUCUGACCACCAACCCCAACAACCCUUCACUUUCAAAACCAACAACUUCUCAUCAUCAAAACCAACUUCUUACCUUCAAACCUGACAUUACCGAUAAUGACCAUCAAAACUUAAAAUUUAUUAUCAAUUACCAUCAAGACAA